AGCCUGCAGUGCUUGGUAUCUCCAACAUGCGCAUUGGCAGCUUGGAUAUUGUUAAGUCUUUUAAGCUGCUCUAUCAGUUAUUACGGUAACCCACGCCCAAGUCCUUCCCCAACACUUGAAUACCGGAGGGGUCUGGUACCACCAUUUGCGCCGACAAACCCUUCUGCCAUUGAAAAGUGCUAGUAACGCUACUGCCAUUUGGCGCAGUUAAAAAUAGCUAGUAGCUACAUCAAUUUGCAUAGCGUGGCGUCCUUACAGAAUUUCCCGUAUUUGUCAUUUUAAACCGUGUUUCAGUUUAGUAUUUUUAUACAGAUAUAAAAAUGAGUUCAAUUAACGUAAAAAAACUGAAAGUGAACGAGUUGAAGGACGAGCUGAAAAAGCGUCAAUUGUCGGACAAGGGACUGAAGGCCGAGUUGAUGGACCGGCUGCAGGCCGCGCUUGACGAAGAGGCCCUGGCUGGAGACGAUCCCAUUGGGCUGGAGGCCGCGAAGGGAGACAGCCCUGAGGCCGCUGAUGAUCAAGAGGACAUGGGGGAAGACGAAGAAGACGAGGAUCCGGUCGAAGAAAGCAUGGAGGCCAACGAGGAGGAGAAUGGAAACGGAGAGGGAGACGCCGCCGUCGAAUGCGAGGAGAACGCGACUCAGGAGGACGAAGAAAUGGGUGAGGGGGAAGAUGAAGAAAUGGAUCCAAUGCUGAAGGAAGGUGUGGAUGACAUGGAGAAAAUAACAUUAGACGCAGAGGAUGGCGAGCCUGGAGACCAGCCAGUAGAGGGGGAUGCGGACAAAGACACGAAUGCUGAUCAGAAGAAUAAGAAGGGUGUUAAGAGACGCCGGGAGGAACAUGGAAGGGGCUACUUUGAAUUUAUUGAAGAGAACAAAUACAGCUGGUCUAGUCUCAAGUCUCCACUGCCACCCCUGGAAGAGGAAGAUGAAGAGUUCGAUGAUACAACAGUCUGCCUGGACAACUAUAACUGUGACCUGCACUUCAAGGUGUCCCGGGACCGUUACAGCGCCUCCUCUCUCACCAUGGAGAGCUUUGCCUACCUUUGGUCCGGGGGCAGGGCCUCGUACGGCCUGACCCAGGGCAAGGCCUGUUACGAGAUGAAGUUAACUGAGAAGAUUCCAGUGAAGCACAUCUUCAGUAAGAACAUGGAGGUCCAUGAGGUCCAGGUUGGAUGGUCCCUGGCUACUGGCAGUCUGCUCCUCGGUGAGGAGGAGCAUUCUUAUGCCUACUCUGGCAAAGGCAAGAAGACUACCAACUGCGUGACUGAAGAUUUUGGAGAGACUUACGAUGAGAAUGACGUAAUCUGCUGCCUCAUCGACUUUGAGGGCGAGGAGGUGGAGAUUUCCUUUUCUAAAAACGGUAAGGAGCCAGUUGUGGCCUUCCAGGCCAGUAAGGAGUCCCUGGCAGGGAGAGCUGUCUUCCCCCACGUCAUCUGCCAUAACUGUUCUGUGGAGUUCAACUUUGGCCAGAUGGAAACGCCCUACUUCCCCAAGCCAGAGGGCUACACCUUCCUGCAGCAGGUCGCCAUGGACGACCGUGUCCGCGGACCCAAGGGACCCAACACCAAGAAGGACUGCGAGGUGAUUGCUAUGGUAGGCCUGCCCGGCUCAGGAAAGACCACCUGGGUGAACAAGCACAUCCAGGAGAACCCUGGGAAAUAUUACAUCCUGGGCAGCGACACCAUCGUGGAGAAGAUGAUGAUUGGCAGCUUGAAGCGUCAGGCGAAGGACACAACUAAGCUCACGGCCAUUUCCCAGCGUGCACCUCUCUUCCUGGGCAAGUUCAUUGAGAUCGCUGCUCGCAAGAAGAGGAACUAUAUCCUGGACCAUACCAACCUGUCUGCCCCGGGCCAGAAGAGGAAGAUGUGUCUGUUUGCUGGGUACCAGCGGAAGGCUGUGGUGGUCUGCCCCUCAGACGACGACUACAAGGAGAGGGCCCAGAAGAAGGCAGAGAGCGACGGCAAAGACGUGCCCGAGCACGCUCUCCUCAAAAUGAAAGGAUUCUUCACCCUGCCAGAGGAGGGCGAGAGCUUCGCUGAGGUGAGCUACGCUGAGCUGCAGAAGGAGGAAUCCUCCAAGCUGGUGGAGCAGUACAAGGAGGAGAGCAAGGCGGCCCUGCCGGCUGAGAAGAAGCCCAACCAGGGGGCCUUGACCCCCAAUAGAGGAGGUGUUGUCCGGGGCGGAGGCAGAGGCAAGAACCAGUUCAACCGCGGAGGAGGACCCGGCCAGAGAGGAGGUGUACGAGGAGGCUUCCAGCACAGGGGCAACUUCAGAGGAGCUCCAGGCCCACGUGGUGGGUUCACUCGCCCCCCUCGAGGCUUCAUGCCCCCUCCAGCCUUCAGAGGUGGAUUUGCCAACCGGGGCAACUUCAACAGGGGCGGUGGCCUCAUGGCCCCCCAGCGAGGGUCCCCAAGAGGAGGACCAAUUAGGGGCAACAUGGGCUACAGGGGUGGAGCCAUGAACAGAGGCGGUCCACCAAUGAACAGAGGCGGCAACAUGAGCCGGGGAGGUGGGGCUAACAUGAGCCGGGGAGGUGGGGCUAACAUGAGCCGGGGAGGUGGGGCUAACAUGAGCCGGGGAGGAGGGGCUAACAUGAGCCGGGGAGGAGGGGCUAACAUGAGCCGGGGAGGCGGAGCUAACAUGAGCCGAGGAGGUGGUGGAAACAGGGUCAACUUUAACCAGGGGUUCCAGCCCAGAGGAGGCAACAGCCGUGGAAACUUUGGCAACAAGAGCGCCGGAUUUGGGGAUAGCAGGAACGCUGGAGGUCGUGGUGGCGGAUUUGGGGACAGUAGGAACUCUGGAGGACAUGGUGGGGGAUUUGUGGACAACAGGAACGCUGGAGGUCGUGGGAGGGGAUUUGGGGACAGUAGGAACGCUGGAGGACGUGGAGGCUUCGGAUUCGGCAUGGACAAGGCUCAGGCCUUCAACCAGAGCUGGCAGCAAGGGUUAUGGAACCAGAAGCCAUGGAGACAGCAGUAUCAGCCAGGAUACUAUUAAAGACUUUCUGAUCAAAAGGACUGGUGGCCGAUAAUGGAAACCCACCACUAGCCACAGAUGUCCGUCUCUCCCACCACCCUGUUGUUUUUCUAGAUCCAACUUUUAAAUUAAAAACUAAAAUACGACAAGACUAUGGAGCAACAUUCCACAUGAGGAAAGAAGUCUCUUUGAAGCUUUAUGUGUUUUUUCAUUUGAUUUUGUACAUUUUAUGAUAUUUUUCCAAAUUUUAAAGAUAUCUCAUGCUUUUAAAAAUCCCAUGUUUGAGAAAUAUUCCACAUCAGGAACCACAACAUUUUUGCUCUGCUUCAGCGACAUUUGUUUGAAAGAUUUUCAUUGUUGUGCAUUUUCUUUUGUUUUCUUUUUUACUAAAUGUAAAUAUUGUUUGUUGUGUAAGGAGUGAGAACACUUACUAACUGAAAGAACCAUCUUUUAAGGUAUGGUAGCAAUAGUAUUGUUAGUGAUUUGUAUAUGUAGUCCGUAAGCAACAAAUAGUAAUUUCGCGUCAAACGCCAUUAUUAGAUUUGUCUUGUGAUUUUUCAUUAAAACAUCAAGCAUGUAAUCUAAACUCCGUAGAUCUACAAUAAACAACAUAUUUGCUUUUUUACAAACUUCUAUGGCUUAUGACUUUUAAUUGAGUUCAAAGGUUACCUAAAAUACCUUUUUGAAUGGGCAAUGGCCUGGUUUGCUACUUCAAACAACAAGGACAUCCGCCCUCAUCUCUCCACAGUUAGCGCUUCACAUAAUGCUACUUAUUGAUGUAAUUCAAUCGUUGAUGCACAACUAGCUUUUCUUUUUAUCUUCAAUGAUACAGGUUAUUCUCAUUGAGAAUCUUUUGCAAGAGCGACUAGGGGUGUAUUCACUAGGGAGCAAAUGAAACUGUGAGGGACCUACCGAAGUUCGUCCAAUAGAAACUAGAUUUUCAUUGCAAAACGUUUUCAGUUUUUGAUUACACCCGUGUUCAUCUGGAUGCAUUGUACUUUGAAUAACUAUUUGAGCAAAGCCAUUUCUGUAGGAUAUUAGAAGCUGUUUCUGUAGGAUAUAGGAAGCUGUUUCUGUAGGAUAUAGGAAGCUGUUUCUGUAGGAUAUAGGAAGCUGUUUCUGUAGGAUAUAGGAAGCCAUUUUAGCACUACAUUAUGUCUUUUGAUAUUGUCAUUUUGUGAUUUUGUAUUUGUCUUGAUAUUUAGGGCACAUUACUGAUUGUGGAACCUGAUGAGGCUUGCUUCUCAUGUGUAGAUUGAAGAGUGCUUCCUUUAUUUAAUUUGUCCAUACGUUUAUUUGGUUGAAUGUUGUGGCAUUUUUAUAACCUGGUUAAGCUUUGAUUGGUGCAUUGUAAUUAAGACUACACAUUAAGCUAGUCCUACAUGACCACACAACACGUUUUUCAAUUGUUUACAUUUGAUGUUCUGUGCUAUUUGAACCUAGCCUGAGUGCCAGUCUGUUUGCUAUCAUGCCAACUCCUUGUCAAUGGAGUUGGCAAGAGCACAAACAAAUCUGUCACCAGGCUAAAUUAAACCACUGUUUUAAUGGAAGAGUAUAUAUUCUGUGGCUGGUUUAGCAUGCAUGUUCAACACUCAGUUGUACGCUAUAUUGAAAAUGGGUGGGGGUAAAAACUACAGUGGUUUGCAUUUACACCAGCAAUUAAAGGGCUACAUAUUGACAGUAUAACCCACCAAUACCUUCACUGCUGCUAGAAGUCAGUGACAUUGAAACGUUCAAAGCUCUCGGUCUUCUGUAGUGUGUGUGUGAUGGAGGUUCCUGAACACUUGCGUUAACUCCCGAAUGCUACUGCACUGGCUUAAGAUCAGUGGGCUAACAGUCUUAAGUCACACAGACGAUCCAGGUUCAAACCAAGUCAGUCAAAUAUGGUUGAAGUGUGUGAACCCUCUGAUCAAAUGAAUUGGUGGCGGUGUAGCUGGACAAUCGCAGCUCUUGCAUGUAACCUCUUACAGCUCAGGCCAAGUAGCCUACCAGCAGUGUUAGUGAUGUGUGUUCCACUAUAACAUUGUGUUGCUAGAUCAUUUAAAACAAUUAGACACAAUUGUAUUGAGUCCAUUUUGUAAUUGUUUCAUUAGCUUAUUUAACAUUUUAUAAACAUGGUGUACUGUAUAUAGUUGACCACCUUUUUUUCCUUCUCUAUCAUGCCAAAUUGUAUGGAUGACCAUGAACUGAUUUCCGGUAUGCUGCGUGAUAAUGCAAGUAAAAAAUAACCCAAUCAAACAGAGAUCAAUUUUUCAUUAAAGUCAUGUGUUUCAGCAAUUUGUAUUACUUCUCAACUGAGUACUUCUCAACUCAAUAUACUCAAGUUGUAGGUAACUUUGGGCUCGUCUCCCUGCUGAGAUCUUUUUUUUUUUAUUGAAAAAUGUUUUGAUAUUUGUUUCAGUUAUGUUUAAGUAUUUUUGUCAAUAAAGUGAAUGACGCUGAUGAAA